ACGUCACCACAGCCCGGCUGUGGGCAUCGCGGCGCUUCCUGCCACUCGCGUCCCUCAAGUUAUCGCGAUAGCGUGAUCUGAACCAGAAAGGCAAAUAAAGCCCGGAGUGGAUGUAGCUCAACGGAAGUCAGCGCCGGGAGACCGGAAGGGCGGUGAGGAAGCUCCGAACAGCAUUCUUAAAUCCUUGCCCUGCAAAGCAUCCUGGAGAUGGACAUCCUCACACCUUUCUUUCUGUCAAUGUAGGAGCAUUUCUACAAGAAAUAGACCUACUUUUCAGCUGGAUGGGGAGAAAUGUAUCUUUACCCCUAGUGAUGCUUGGAUGUCUGGUUUUUGACUCAGCCAAGGAGACUGGGAGCUGUGGACCCCAUCGUCGGAAUCCUAGCUGAGAAGCAACUUGUAAUGGAGCCCUCCCCUCUUGAGUUACCAGCUGACACAGUACAACGCAUUGCAUCAGAACUUCGAUGUCACCCGACAGAUGAGAGGGUCGCCCUCCGCCUUGAUGAGGAAGAUGAGCUGAGGCACUUCAAGGAGCAUUUUCAUAUCCCCAAAAUGCAGGAUCUACCUGUAGUUGAUUUAUCUUUAGUGAAUAAGGAUGAAAAUGCCAUCUAUUUCUUGGGAAAUUCUCUUGGCCUUCAACCAAAAAUGGUUAAAACAUAUCUGGAAGAAGAACUAGAUAAGUGGGCCAAAAUGGGAGCCUAUGGUCAUGACUUAGGAAAACGUCCUUGGAUUACAGGAGAUGAGACUAUUGUAGGCCUUAUGAAUGACAUUGUAGGAGCCAAUGAGAAAGAAAUAGCCCUAAUGAAUGGUUUGACUGUUAAUUUACAUCUUCUACUGUUAUCCUUUUUUAAGCCUACACCAAAACGGUAUAAAAUUCUUCUUGAAGCCAAAGCCUUCCCUUCAGAUCAUUAUGCUAUUGAGUCACAGCUUCAAUUUCAUGGACUUAACAUUGAGAAAAGUAUGCGGAUUGUAAAGCCAAGAGAGGGGGAAGAAACAUUGAGAAUAGAGGAUAUCCUUGAAGUAAUUGAGAAGGAAGGAGACUCGAUUGCAGUGAUCCUGUUCAGUGGGCUGCAUUUUUACACUGGACAGGUCUUUAAUAUACCUGCCAUCACAAGAGCUGGACAAGCAAAGGGUUGUUUUGUUGGCUUUGAUCUAGCGCAUGCAGUUGGAAAUGUUGAACUCCACUUACAUGACUGGGGAGUUGAUUUUGCCUGCUGGUGCUCCUAUAAGUAUUUAAACUCAGGAGCAGGAGGUCUUGCUGGUGCCUUUGUCCAUGAAAAGCAUGCCCAUACAAUUAAACCUGCGUUAGUGGGAUGGUUUGGCCAUGAACUCAGCACCCGAUUUAAGAUGGAUAACAAACUGCAGUUAAUCCCUGGAGUCAGUGGAUUUCGAAUUUCAAACCCUCCCAUUUUGUUGGUCUGUUCCUUACACGCUAGUUUAGAGAUCUUUAAGCAGGCAACUAUGAAAGCAUUGAGGAGAAAAUCUAUUUUGCUCACCGGUUAUCUGGAAUACUUGAUCAAGCAUUACUAUGACAAAGAGAAAGCGGAUACCAAGAAACCGUUUGUGAACAUAAUUACUCCAUCCGGCAUAGAGGAUCGCGGCUGCCAGCUUACACUAACAUUUUCUGUUCCAAUAAAAUACGUUUUCCGAGAACUGGAAAAACGAGGAGUGGUUUGUGACAAGCGAGAGCCAAAUGGCAUCCGAGUGGCUCCGGUUCCUCUCUACAACUCUUUUCAUGAUGUUCAUAAGUUCAUCAGUCUACUUGCUUCUGCACUUGACUCUGCAGAAAUCAAAAAUAACAGUGUUUUCUAGAACAACUUAAGGAAGUGUUACUGAAAGCUUUUAUGGUUAUUAUUAUUUUCAAAUUUUAAUAAUUGGAAGUUUUUCAAAACAGAUUAUACAUACCUGGCAAUGAAUUAUAUACUUUACAGAAAAACCUGAUAUAUUUUUUCCAAGAGUCUGUUAUCCUGAGGAAUCCACAUGUCUGUCCAAUUUCUUCAUGCUUGGUGGAUCAAAGUUUUCACUGGUUUGAGUAUUAUGUACAUAGUCUUAGCUAGCUGUCACAUUUCGUGGUCAGUGAAUGUUUUAUGUCGAUUUAAUUUAUAAUUUGACUGACAACUUCACAAUAUAUGUGCAAUUUUUUGUGCCAAUUUUAGAAAUGUUACUUUACUUUUAAUUUACCAGAGAGUUUCUUAUAGUCCCUGUAAUUUCACGGUCUGAUAUAUGUAUGAUUUUGCAAUAUUCCAUCCAACUCUAAUCUAAGGAACAGAAAACACAUUUUCUAGGGCAGUAGCUUUCAAAUGUUUUGGCCACAACCCUCACUGAGAAAUAGAUUUAAUGUCAAAGACUAGUAUUUAUACGUGUUUAUGCCUUAUUUUAUUAAUUCUAAUACACAAAUCUUUAUAUUUUAACAUCUGUGAAAGAAUAAUUUGUCAGUUUUCAAUCAAUAGUUCUUACAGUUGCCAUUGACCAUUCUUUCAUGUUACCAUCCUCGCAUUAGCAAGCUUCUCACAAUGAAUAGAUGAUUUUUAAAAAAUGGGAUAUAGAGCAAAAGUGUCGUAAGUUAUUUGUCCAUGCUCUAUUUUAUUAUUCAUUUUAUCUCAUUACAGCAAGUGUUGGUUGAAACUUGUUAAGUUUAUUUCCCCACCAACUCUUGGGUCCUAAUCCAUUUUACAAGGUUGUCCCUUUCUUUGGUGUUAUCAUAAUUUCUUUUUAAUGGGGACUUGCCCUUAGAGAAGCCUGUAGAUGUGACCCUGUCUCUAAAACAGUGAAACAAAUCAUUCCAAGAUACUUGCGAUUGAGAAUUCGAAUUAACAAACAAGUGCUUCAUCUCUUAGCCUCUACCCUGAAUCUACGGCCCUUUAUCUCCACUACGAAAACUACAGUUACACUCAACCCUGUUGGACUUCCCUGUUUUUCCACUGCUGAUGCUACAACCACUAUUCAUGAAUUGGCAAAAUAGUCUACAUUUAUAUACCUGGGCAGCACGAAAGAGUGACUACAAUAUAAUUAGUGCCCCUGAUGAACAAAUUUGAAUGAAAUUAACUUAGACAACCACUAGAGUUAAAUAAAAAGAUGCAAAAUGACAGCAAUACCAGCACCUACUGGUAUGUAUUGAGUUCUCACCCUGUACCAUGUAUGGUUCUGAUCUAUUUGUAUGUUAUCUUGCUUAUUUGAGUGGCUGCAUAACUGCUUUAGCAAAGCUUCCCCCUCCAACUUUUGGCAAAACUCAUCUUUGAGGAUGGAAAAGUUCUCAGAAUCCUACAAUUCAACCCUAUACAACUUCAUGUAAAAGGAAUCAUUUUGAAUUUCACAGUGGUAAGCAAAACAGACAUGGUUUCUGUUCUCAGGGAACACGCAGCUUAGUGGGGGAAAUCCGUAGUAAAACAUAUAAACACCCAGGUAAAUCUAUGAUUACAAACUGUAGGUUUUAUGAAAGAAAAACAGAUAGAUGAUAGGGUAAGAGAAAAUCUCAAGGGUAUUAAUUAGAUGAUCAAGUAAGGGGAGGCAUAUGAAGGUGCUUGUAAGUUUAAGUUUAAAUAUAAUGCUAAAAAUUAAAAAAAUAUAAUAUCUUGCUAAUCACAUUAAAAUUACAUCAAAUUAUGUAUACAAAUUAUUCAAAGACUAAUCAGUACUAUGUCUUCAUCACACAGGAUAGGAAGCAGGGUAUUAGAAAUUUCCUUUCUCGGAGCCCCUGGGGGGGGUUCAGUCGUUAGGCACCUACCUUCAGUUCGGGUCAUGAUCCCAGGGUCCUGGGAUCGAGCCCCACAUCGGGCUCCCUCUGCCUGCCACUCCCCCUGCUUGUGUUCCCUCUCUGUCAAAUAAAUGAAUAAAAUCUUAAAAAAAAAAAAAAUUCCCUUUCUCCUUGCUUGUAUUCCCCUUCCUCCCCAAAUCCAGAGAUAACCAUCAAAUCAUAUUUUGUGUUAAUCAUUCCCUUACUUUCACUGAAGUUUUAUACCUAUGUAUGUACCCAUAAAAAUUUAUUAGCCGAUUUUGCCUCUCUGUGAACUUUGUGUAAAUAUGAUUGUAUUGUAUAUAUUCUGCUUCCUUUGCUCAACACCAAGUUUUUGAGAUUCAUCCAUUUGUUAUAUAUAGCUCUUUAUCCAUUUUCAUUGCUGCUCAAUGUUCUAGUAUAUAAUUAGAGUUAUUAAUUAUGUAAUUUAUUUAUUUUUGGAGUUACUCAUUUAUUCUACUACUAAUGAACAUUGAGUUUUUUCCAAGUAUCUUUAACAUUGCAACAAUGCUGCUAUUAACAUUCCUGGUACACAGGUUCAAAUUUUUGCCUAGGACAUAUAACUCUGAAAAUGUCGGGUCAUAAGACACACACAUGGUCAGCUUCACUGUGCAGUAUCUAACUCUUCUCCAAAGAGGUUGUACCAGUGUCCAUUCUAACAAAUAGGAAAUGAGAGUUCUCUUCUCUUGAUACUUGACAAUAGUGGCUGUUGAUUGCUUUUGUCAUGUACGCAGGCUAAAAUAGGGUGAUUACUAAAAUAACAGAAUGAAUGUAUACUUCCACACAAGGAGGAGGAGAGACAGAAUGAGGACAUACCCUGCAGUUAAUGCUUCAGAAACCAUCCUUAAUCUGUGGAUUGAGCCAAGAUGAGAAUUGUACACGAGUUUUACCCUUGCUCAGCUCUUUCCCUUCCCAUGUUGUCCGAAGCUCUUCCUGAUGAGCUCCCCUUCAAUAAAACAUUAAUCCAGGGGCGCCUGGGUGGCUCAGUCGGUUAAGCAUUGGACUCUUGGUUUCGGCUUAGGUCGUGAUCUCAUGGGUCCUGGGAUUGAGUCCUGCGUGGGGCUCCAUGCUCAGUGGAAAGUCUGCUUGAAAAUUCUCUCCCUCUGCCCCUCCCGCCACACACAAAUCUUUAAGAAAACAUAUGAAUACAAAUCCCAGCCUCAAACUCUAUUUCUAGGAAACCCAAUCUGAGAUAGCAUUUCUUUCAUGUAGUGUUAAUAACCAUAAGUCUUUUUAUAUUCUAUAUCCAGUAUAUGAUAAAUUUCAGUUUUCAGUUUUGUUUCUGUUGGUUUUCACGAAUAAUGCUUGUUUCCUUAUGUCUAUUCUACUUGUUAACUUUAAGCCACUCAUUUUAUUGAUCCCCCUUGGAAUUCUUUGAGAAGUGGGUUAAAGUGUGUCUUUCCAAAGAUACUCAUUUUUGCUUCUGCCAGUUACUCAGGCUCAUUUCUGA